GGGAUCUCUAAUUUUAAUCCGAAUAAAACAGAUAAAAGGGACUGAGAGUUUCUUGAAUCUCUUGUCUGCCUCCUCUGUCAUUUGUAAAAUCUGAAGAAACCCAAAAUAUUUUCGUCUCCACAAAUCUCUCCGCCACAGAGCCCCGCAGCCGUCAUCUUUCAGCCGGAUCUACCUUAUUUCUUGUUCUGCUCAUAUACAUACACCCCCUCCAAAGUACUGCUUAUUCAUUCAUAUGUACACGACCAUACUUUCUGCUAUUGGGUGGCUGUAAAUUCUUGGAGAACCAAUCGAUCAUUCUUUUUUUAUUGGGAACAGAGAAAAGGAAUGGAUUUGGACCAGUGGAUAACAAAGGUGAAAGAUGGCCAGCACUUGUCCGAGGACGAGCUCCAGCUCCUCUGCGAAUACGUAAAAGAGAUUUUAAUCGAGGAGUCAAAUGUCCAGCCUGUCAACAGCCCUGUCACAGUUUGUGGCGAUAUCCAUGGACAAUUUCAUGAUCUGAUGAAACUUUUCCAGACUGGCGGUCAUGUCCCAGAAACAAAUUACAUAUUUAUGGGAGAUUUCGUUGAUCGCGGUUAUAAUAGUUUAGAAGUUUUCACUAUCCUUUUGCUUCUCAAAGCAAGAUAUCCUGCUAAUAUCACUCUCCUACGUGGAAAUCAUGAAAGCAGGCAAUUAACUCAGGUUUAUGGAUUUUAUGAUGAGUGCCAAAGAAAGUACGGGAACGCGAAUGCUUGGCGAUAUUGCACCGAUGUUUUUGACUACCUAACUCUGUCAGCAAUUAUUGAUGGCACGGUACUGUGUGUGCAUGGUGGCCUAUCCCCAGAUAUUAGAACCAUUGACCAGAUUCGAGUUAUUGAAAGGAACUGCGAGAUCCCCCAUGAAGGCCCCUUCUGUGACUUGAUGUGGAGUGAUCCUGAAGAGAUUGAGACAUGGGCUGUUAGUCCUAGAGGAGCAGGCUGGCUUUUCGGGUCCAGGGUUACCUCUGAGUUCAACCAUAUUAACAAACUUGAUCUAGUUUGUCGGGCACACCAACUUGUUCAAGAAGGUCUCAAGUACAUGUUUCAAGAUAAAGGACUUGUUACUGUAUGGUCUGCACCAAACUAUUGUUAUCGAUGUGGAAAUGUGGCAUCGAUAUUAAGCUUCAAUGAGAAUAUGGAGAGAGAGGUGAAGUUUUUCACGGAGACUGAAGAAAACAACCAGAUGCGUGGACCGAGAACUGGAGUUCCGUAUUUUCUCUGAUUGAAUUUGUUUCGUUGGAAUGUGAUUUUGAUGCAGCUGUUACAGACUUUGUGCUGCUUUAAAUUUUUUUUCUUUUUAUAUAGCUCUUGAUAUGUAUCACCACCCUCAGUUGUUAGUAGGCUUUGUUGUCUUUCUUUUCCGGGUGUUACGAAUUCAUUGUUUAGACAAAAGUGGUAUGCUAAAAAAACUCAUUCCUUUCUCGUAUAUGUCACGAGGGUAUUACUGUUCACC